CACCGCGGCGGUGACGGCAGCCGAAGUGUGAGAGCAGAGUGUGUGGGGGGGGGGGGAGAGAGAGAAGGAAGGCUUCAUCCACUGCCUGCCAUUGCAGUGCGGCGGCUGCUGCUCUGGAGCCACACCAGGAAGACCUUUCCAUUCCUUUUUCUGUAAGAAUUUCACAAGCACGCCGCGAGGACCAUUGCUUUUACGAAAGAGUGCAGCAAUGGAGGAGACUGUCAUUUGGGAACAGCACACAGUAACACUACACAGGGCACCAGGGUUUGGCUUCGGGAUAGCCAUAUCAGGAGGUCGGGAUAACCCUCAUUUUCAGAGUGGCGAGACCUCCAUUGUCAUUUCGGAUGUGCUGAAAGGAGGCCCUGCAGAAGGCCUACUGCAGGAGAAUGACAGAGUCGUUAUGGUCAAUGCUGUCUCCAUGGACAAUGUGGAGCACGCAUACGCAGUCCAGCAGCUUCGUAAAAGUGGGAAAAUUGCCAAAAUUACAAUUAGACGGAAGAGAAAGGUGCAUGUCCCCAUGGGCCGCCUAGGGGAGAGGGAAACGAUGUCGGAGCAUGACGAGGAGGAGGACAGCUAUGAUGAAGAGAUAUACGAGACGCGGAGCGGACGCAGCGCCACUUACAGCGGUGUGGGCGGGGCCAUGAGCAGGCGCAGCGGCCGGAGCAGCGGGCGACGGGACCGGGAACGUGAACGCAGCGGCUCGCGAGAGAGGAGCCUCUCCCCGCGCUCAGACCGCCACUCACACAACCUGCCCCCACGGCCCGCAAAGGUCACACUUGUCAAAUCUCGCAAAAAUGAAGCAGAAUAUGGCCUGCGCCUGGCCAGCCACAUCUUUGUCAAGGACAUUUCCCCCGAGAGCCUGGCAGCCAGAGACGGCAACAUCCAGGAAGGAGAUGUUGUUCUGAAGAUCAAUGGCACAGUGACAGAAAACCUCUCCUUGAUAGACGCCAAGAAGCUGAUAGAAAGGUCAAAGGGCAAGCUAAAAAUGGUUGUGCAGAGGGACGACAGAGCGACCCUGCUGAACAUCCCUGACCUCGAUGACAGCAUCGCUUCAGCCAACGCCUCUGACAGAGACGACAUUUCAGAUAUCCAUUCUCUGGCAUCCGACCAUUCCAAUCGAUCGCAUGACAGACAUCGUAGCAGCCGCUCCCGCUCUCCAGACAGAAGAUCUGAACCCUCAGACCACUCCAGACACUCGCCCCCACAGAUCAGCAAUGGCAGUCACAGAAGUCGUGAUGACGAACGGUCCUCAAAGCCGGCUUCAACUCCAGUGAAGCUACCAGAGGAGGUUCCUCUGCCCAAACCGAAGGAGUCGGCUGUUGCUCGAGAGGAGAAACUGCUCCCACCACUCCCAGAGCCCAAGCCGGUGUAUGCUCAGCCUGGACAGCCAGAUGUAGACCUGCCAGUCAGUCCCUCUGAUGCCCCCGUGCCAAGUGCUGCCCAUGACGAAAGCAUCCUACGGCCAAGCAUGAAGCUGGUGAAGUUCAGGAAGGGGGAGAGUGUGGGGCUGCGGCUGGCCGGGGGGAAUGACGUGGGCAUCUUUGUAGCCGGAGUGCUCGAGGAUAGCCCAGCUUCUAAGGAGGGCCUGGAGGAGGGCGACCAAAUUCUCAGGGUAAAUAAUGUCGAUUUUGCAAACAUAAUCCGAGAGGAGGCGGUGCUGUUCCUCCUUGACCUUCCUAAGGGUGAAGAGGUCACCAUUCUGGCCCAGAAGAAGAAAGAUGUGUAUCGGCGGAUUGUGGAGUCUGAUGUUGGGGACUCCUUCUACAUCCGGACACACUUUGAGUAUGAGAAGGAAUCUCCGUAUGGGUUAAGCUUUAACAAGGGAGAGGUGUUCCGUGUGGUGGACACCCUCUACAACGGGAAGCUGGGCUCCUGGCUGGCUAUUCGCAUCGGCAAGAAUCACCAAGAGGUGGAGAGGGGCAUCAUCCCCAACAAAAACAGAGCAGAGCAGCUGUCCAGCGUGCAAUACACUCUCCCCAAAACAGCGGGGGGCGACAGGGCGGACUUCUGGAGGUUUCGUGGUCUUCGGAGUUCAAAGAGGAACCUGAGGAAGAGCAGAGAGGAUCUCUCUUCCCAGCCAGUCCAGACAAAGUUCCCGGCUUAUGAAAGAGUUGUACUGAGAGAGGCUGGUUUCCUGAGACCUGUGGUGAUAUUUGGGCCGAUCGCUGAUGUUGCUCGAGAAAAACUUGCCAGAGAAGAGACAGAUCUUUUUGAGCUUGCAAAGAGUGAACCGAGAGAUGCAGGAACAGACCAGCGUAGUUCAGGAAUCAUUCGUCUUCACACCAUCAAGCAGAUCAUUGACAGAGACAAACAUGCUGUCCUGGACAUCACCCCGAACGCUGUUGACCGGCUGAACUACGCUCAGUGGUACCCGAUUGUGGUCUUCCUAAAUCCUGAUACUAAGCAGGGUGUGAAGAACAUGAGGACCAGGCUGUGUCCAGAGUCCAGGAAGAGCGCCAGGAAGCUCUAUGAGAGAGCCAUCAAACUGAGGAAGAAUAAUCACCACCUGUUCACCACCACCAUCAACAUGAACAAUAUGAAUGAUGGCUGGUACGGAGCUCUGAAAGAAACAACCCAGCAACAGCAGAACCAGUUGGUGUGGGUGUCAGAGGGCAAGGCGGAUGGCACUACAGAGGAUGACUUGGACAUCCACGACGACCGUCUGUCCUACCUGUCUGCGCCAGGAAGUGAAUACUCCAUGUAUAGCACAGACAGCCGCCACACUUCAGACUAUGAGGACACGGACACGGAGGGUGGAGCGUACACAGACCAGGAAUUGGACGAGACGUUGAACGACGAAGUGGGUCUGCCCACGGAGCCCGCCAUCACCCGCUCUUCCGAGCCUGUGCGAGAAGACCCACCUGUAAUUCAGGACACCCCUGGUUACCCUGGAUACCAGCACCCUGUGCAGCCUGACCCAGCUAGUCGCAUAGACCCUGCUGGGUUCAAGAUGGCCGCUCCACAACAGCAAGGUGAGGCUGCUCUGCCCAUGCCCUCGUUGCCUCCGCCGGUGGUAGCGCCCCCUGCUGUUGAGCAGCCUGUACAGCUUGAGAGUAUGCACCUAGAGAAGCCGCCUGCUGCAGCCGCAGCUCCUCAGGCUGACUCACUUAGCAGCCUCAGCCCUGCCCCUGAGCUUAUUCAGCCCCCACCAUCACCACAUGAACCCCACCCAUCUGGACCGCCUGGUCCAGAACCAAAGAUGUACAAGAAAGAUCUGUACAAUAUGGAGGACCCUGUGCGUAUCCACCAUGGCCUGAAGCAGUCUUUGAGCUACUGUCACCAGCCGUUCCAGGACAAACAGCCAUACCGCGAAUACGACCACCCGCCUUACGGAUACGAUGGUGGUGGCUACACAGAACCAAAGCCUCACAACACUGACUCUCACCUGCACUACGACAACCGUGUGCCUCAUUACAACGAACAGUGGCCCCCCUAUGACCAGCAGACCUCGUCCUCCCAGCCCGCAGGGUACCAGCCGGGCCACCAGCAACCCAUGGGCUACAACCCCCGGUCGCCCUACGACGACGGACCAGGGAGGGACUACAGCCCCACUCAGCCACGUUAUGAUGAGGCCCCUCCCGUGGGCUAUGAUGGCCGACGACGGCACAGUAAACCUGGGCCCAUUCGUUACGAUGAGCCCCCACCCCCGCCCCCAGCUGGCUAUGAUGCCCGCUCCCCUUAUGAGGCAGAACCUCACGGCUUCCCUAUUAAUUCACCUCGAUCGCCAGAGCCCCCGAAGCAGUAUUACAGUGACUCUGGUCUGAGGCCCACCUACAUUCCUGGGCCUGCAAACCGUGGCUUUAAGCAAGGGAUGCAUGACCCUAUGAUGAGCUCUGAACCCACAAUUCCCCCUCCUAAGCCAGAGACCCUGCCCUCUCCCGGUGAGCCAGCGAUCACUCCGGACUCCAAACCCCUCCCUCCUCCGCCACGGGAAGACCUGGACGAGGACCCGGCCAUGAAACCACAGUCGGUGCUCAACAGAGUGAAGAUGUUUGAGAAUAAACGCUCUGUUUCUAUGGACAGGGCUAAAGAAGGAGGAGAAUCAGCUCUCAGGCCUGCAGAUGUUCCUAAACCUGUGAUUGCACCUGGCCCAGUCCUCAAAGCCAAUUCCCUCAGCAACCUGGAGCAGGAGAAAUCCAGCUACAGGGCCCCUGAGCCACAGAAGCCUCAUACUAAAGCCCUGGAUGAUGUAAUGCGGUCAAACCAUUAUGACCCAGAUGAGGAUGAGGAGUACUACAGGAAGCAGUUGUCCUACUUUGAUCGCCGUAGCUUCGACAGCAAGGCCAUGGGCCAACCUAGUCCUGGCAUCAACCGCUUCCACGACCUACCCAAACCAGCUCAGAUGUCCUACCCAUACAACAGAGUCGAGUCUGUAGAGAAGGUGAGUCCAGUGGAGAAAAGAUAUGAACCCUUGCUACAAAUCAGCCCAUCAUCACAGUAUGGGCCCCCAGCGUCCGCCAUCCCACCCAACACACUGCUCAAGCUCAGCCCCAAUGACGCGAACUCCAUACCCGAGCUAUUGAGUUCAACCAAUCCUAAACCCGAGCUGCCAGCGCUCAGGCCGGCCAGCAGAGAUGAACCCCCUCCUGGUGGCUACCUGCCCCCGAGGGGGCUCCCCGACAAGUCCCCGGUCAAUGGCAUUGAAACAGCACCCCCAAAGACGCUGGGUGCUCCCGCUCCAAUGAGCUACAACCGCUACGUCCCUAAGCCGUACACCAGCUCUGCCCGGCCCUUUGAGCGCAAGUUUGAGAGCCCCAAGUUCAACCACAACCUGCUGCCCAAUGACACACAGGUGAAAACGGACCUCCUCAGUAAGCCCAGUGUGGUGAACAACAGCAGUGGGAAGCCGACGCUGUCACCACAGCCCCUGGACCAUGACAGUGGUCUGGACACCUUCACGCGCACUAUGGACAACAGGCCCAAAUACCAGCACAAUAACAUCAACGCCAUUCCCAAGGCCAUCCCUGUAAGCCCCAGCACGCUGGAUGAUGACGACGAGGAUGAAGGACACACGGUGGUGGCCACCGCCCGGGGCAUCUUCAACUGUAACGGAGGGGUCCUGAGCUCCAUUGAGACGGGCGUCAGCAUCAUCAUCCCCCAGGGCGCCAUCCCCGAGAACGUGGAGCAGGAGAUUUACUUCAAGGUGUGCCGGGACAACAGCAUCCUGCCCCCCCUCGACAAGGAGAAAGGAGAAACGCUGCUAAGUCCGCUGGUGAUGUGUGGCCCGCAUGGACUCAAGUUUCUGAAGCCGGUGGAGCUGCGCUUACCUCACUGUGCGUCUAUGACCCCCGAUGGUUGGUCUUUUGCUCUAAAAUCCUCCGACUCCUCGUCGGGUGAUCCCAAAACCUGGCAGAACAAAUCUCUCCCUGGAGACCCAAACUACCUGGUGGGUGCAAACUGUGUGUCUGUGCUCAUUGACCACUUCUGAAGAGGGCAACAGCUGGCCUGUUACUGAAUGUGAUAAACAGGGGACCUCAGUUGCUCCUGCCGGGCUCCCUCCACCGUGGCAGGGUGCACGAUGCUCGAUGAAGUAUGAACCUGAUGCUCUCACGUUGUUAACUGUGCCCUAAAAAUGUAAAAGAAAAAAGAAAAAAAUCGACACACACAAGGAGAGUCGGAGGAGUCCAGCAUCCCCAACGCUGUACUUUUCUGUUCCUUUUUUUUCUCCGGUGCUUUCAAGGCUUGCAAAAAA